AAACAGUUCGCCAGAAUGAAGACUAUCGCUCUCGUGUUAUUGAUCGUCGCUACGGCAUCUGCUAUCGAGUGGACUGAUCUUCGUGUGAAAUGGAUAUCUUCAGAGAAGGAUCCUUUACAUACAGAUAGCAUGUACCAGAUGCCACGUACAGAAUCUGAUGCUAUUAGCCAAAGUUGGGUAGAAGUAAAAGGUGUCACUUCCUUGAAUUUGAGGGUGUAUUGCUUCGAAGAAGGCGAUGGUCGUGUCUGUCUUGAAUUCGAUUCUUAUGGGAACAUUGCUGCUAUACAGGUUGCCGUACUCUACAGUGAUAUUGAAAAUGUACAAAGUUUCUACAACAUGUCGACUAUAAACCAGUAUCAGAUUAAAACAAUAUUUGGUGAAGAUUAUUGGACCAGUACAGUCUAUUUCAUAUCCCCGGAAACUAUUGCAGCUGGUGGACGCAGCGAAAUGAACGGUCUUACCGGGACUGAAGGAAUCUGGAUCGGGACAACCGAUGGAUUUAUAACAAUUCCCAGAUAUGUGUCGGAUUGGGAUCCUGUAUGGAUAAAAGAAGCCUGUAUCAAUGAGAUGGGAACUCACUAUCAGUACGCGAUGAACAAAUCCACGGAAUGUACAGAGGUCAAGCCUUGGUUUUUUAUGGAACAAGAAGGCGAGUUGGUUGCUUUUGGAUUACAGGGAUUCGGUAGAACAACUUACAAAAAUCGUAACUGGUACGAGUUACUUCUACCGCCUACUCUCAGAGAGAUCAUACCGACAAUUGCAGAAUGCGUCAUCGAUUGGACAACGGCUUACGGUUGCAUCUGCAUGCAUGUAUUCUUGACUUCAGAAUCAUGGACGUACGUUUGUUAACAGCAACGGUGUACGACACGCGACGAUUCCCCGUAAACAA